CGAUCCCUGUGUCAAUCAUUACCGCCCAGCAUGACGUAGAAAGACUUCCUCUUUGCUUCUUCUAUCGACUGUUGUUCCUAAAAUGGCGCCGUUGGACCUAGAUAAGUAUGUUGAAAUUGCGAGACAGUGCAAAUACCUUCCAGAGAACGACUUAAAGAGAUUGUGUGACUAUGUAUGUGACCUGCUACUUGAAGAAUCAAAUGUACAGCCAGUAUCCACUCCAGUCACUGUAUGUGGGGAUAUUCACGGACAGUUUUAUGACUUAUGUGAACUCUUCAGAACUGGGGGCCAAGUACCAGACACAAAUUACAUUUUCAUGGGUGACUUUGUUGACCGAGGAUACUACAGCUUAGAAACGUUCACAUAUUUGCUAGCACUUAAAGCAAAGUGGCCUGACCGCAUCACACUGUUGCGUGGCAAUCACGAGAGCAGGCAGAUAACACAAGUCUAUGGCUUUUAUGAUGAGUGCCAAACGAAAUAUGGAAAUGCUAAUGCCUGGCGAUACUGCACUAAAGUAUUUGACAUGCUGACUGUUGCUGCUUUGAUAGAUGAGCAGAUCCUUUGUGUACAUGGUGGCCUUUCACCUGACAUCAAAACUCUGGACCAGAUACGCACCAUUGAACGCAAUCAAGAAAUUCCUCACAAGGGAGCAUUUUGUGAUCUUGUCUGGUCCGAUCCAGAGGAUGUGGACACCUGGGCUAUCAGCCCAAGGGGUGCUGGCUGGUUGUUUGGUGCUAAGGUUACCAAUGAGUUUGUUCACAUCAACAACUUGAAGUUGAUUUGCCGUGCACAUCAGUUGGUUCACGAGGGCUACAAAUUCAUGUUUGAUGAGAAGCUGGUGACCGUCUGGUCGGCCCCCAACUACUGCUACCGCUGCGGUAACAUUGCCUCUAUUAUGGUCUUCAAAGACGUGAACACAAGGGAGCCCAAGUUAUUCCGGGCUGUUCCUGAUUCGGAAAGGGUCAUACCACCUAGAACGACAACACCCUACUUCCUCUGAGGUCUUCAGUGUCGCUGCUUCCAGCCCUCUCCUUUUCAUUGUUCGUUGUCAUGGUCUUUAAUUUCUCUGUGUUUGGUUUAUUUCAACAAAUAUUUUUGUAAAGAUCGAAAUGCUCUCCAGAAUAGCAACAUUAAACUAAAUAAGUGGACAUCCUCAUGCUCUUCUUACAGGGCUUUAAAUGUAGAUCUAACAGUCAUUGACCAUUUAAUGAUAAAAGUUCAUGGUGUAACAACUCGCCUGAUCAGAGCAAUGUGGUGUUUGUUUUUCAGAGAACAGAUCAGAAAAAAAAAACAAGUGCUGGUCAGUAUUCUCCAAAUUUCUCCAAAAUAGUGACACUGUUCUUUUUCGUUGCUUUCAAGUGUAGAAAAGGGUUGAGGCGAUGACCAGACAACAGGACAAAGGAGGCUGUGAUUAUUUUGUACAUUAAUAUAAUUGUAUUGAUUUAAUCUUCUUUUUUUUUUUUCUCAGAUUUGUUGUAUUUUAUUAUUGUAGAAAAACGGCAGCCCAUUUACCAAUUAAAUAUUGAAAAUAAACGCCUUUAUUAUUAAGUUAC